CCUUAGUGUAUAUAUAUAUAAAUAUAAAUACUUUCUCCAGCUGCAUCCGCAAGCACAAGCGCCUUUCGAUCGCCCUUAGAAAUACCCUUCAUACGUACACAAACCCCAUCGUCAAUUCAAAGUCGGAAACAUUCACUAGUCACCAAGAAAUAAAAGCAAAAGCAACUUCACCUUCUCAUUAUGGCUUCAAUUUCCCAUUUCACCAUUUUUGUUUCACUUCUUGUGCUAUUCUCUAUGCUUCGCCCUGCUCUAGCCACAACAAGAAAACUUGCUGCUCUGGUUCAAGAACAACCUCUUCUGCUUUACCACAACGGCCCACUUCUUAAAGGCAAUGUCACCAUUAAUCUAAUUUGGUAUGGCAAGUUCUCUCCGAUCCAGCGCUCCAUAAUCGUUGACUUUCACAACUCUCUCAAUUGGGUCAAAGCUCCAUCGCCUUCGGUAUCGUCCUGGUGGGAGACCACCGGAAUGUACAGAGGAGGUUCAUGCUCCGUCAUCGUAGGGAAUCAGGUGCUUGAUGAGAAUUACUUUCUUGGAAAAUCACUCAAAAUGGCACAGCUUGUAACGUUGGCCUCCAUAGCUAGCCAAGGUAAAAAUCCAAUCAAUUUCGUUUUUACAUCUGCUGAUGUGGCGAUUGAGGGAUUUUGCACGAGUCGAUGUGGGGCACAUGGAUCGGGUACGGGCAAUGGCGAGUUCGCCUAUGCUUGGGUAGGUAACUCACUGACUCAGUGCCCCGGUCAGUGCGCAUGGCCUUUCCACCAGCCCAUUUACGGACCGCAAAAUCCCCCUUUGGUCUCUCCCAGUGGCGAUAUUGGAAUUGACGGAAUGAUCAUUAAUUUGGCCACGGUUUUGGCGGGAACGGUGACGAAUCCGUUUAAUAACGGGUACUUUGAGGGGAGCGCUGGCGCUCCACUAGAGGCAGUGAGCGCGUGCACGGGUAUUUUUGGAAACGGAGCACACCCGGGAUAUCCUGGGGAGGUUUUGGUGGACAAAACGACAGGAGCUAGCUACAACGCAUUGGGUAUGAAUGGGCGUAAAUAUCUGCUCCCUGCAAUGUGGGACCCUCAGACCUCCACGUGCAAAACCCUCUUGUAAAUAAAAUAAAAUAUAAAAUUCAUAACCA